CCAAAGCACGCGACUGCUCACCACGAUUUCAUGGUCGGCAUGAAGGAGGAAUCUGAUUGGUUAAUUUAUGAGCACAUCGGCCAAACUUCAGUAUGGCGUCAUGUAUCAUUUCUAAGCAGUGGAGCGUACAUAAACAGCAUCAGUUCCAUGUUGCUUUUUGAUUAGAGCAGCCCGAACCAGCUACAGCCACCACUUUCCAAAGCUACAUCAGACGGCUUCCUACAACCCAUAUUUGGGAAGCCACGCGCAAAUCCGAUUCCUCCAGUCUGAAGCUCAGACAAUCAAAAUGACUACAGCAAGCUUCUCCCAUAUCGACACCGACUCCUAUUCUGGAAAGCCUUGGGCCAAGGUAGACGGCCCCGGCACCAGUUUCUCGCACAAAUGGCACGAGCGAUCCGUCCACAACCUACGAGGCCACGAACAUGAAUUCAACACCGACAACUCCGGCUUUGCCGUCUACUCAUAUCCCGCCAAAGAGAAAUCCUUCACCGACGACGCAGCAGUGCGAGAAGGCUACUACGCUGAAGUCGAAGCCUUACUACGCAACAAGCUGCCUGGCGUGAAAAAGGUUGUCAUCUUCGACCACACGAUCCGGAGACGAGACAAGAACUCUCCUAGGCAACCAGUCCAGCAAGUCCAUGUAGACCAGACGGAAGCCGCAGCAGAAGCACGCGUGCGCCGCCAUCUCUCACCUGAAGAAGCCGACCAAUGGGUCAAAGGCCGCUACCAAAUCAUCAACGUAUGGCGACCCAUUGAGAAUCCUGCCUCGGACCAUCCCCUUGCCAUGAUAGACUGGAGAACAACAUCACCAUCCGAUUUCGUUGCUACAAACCUCCUAUACCCUAAGCGCGCCGAUUCCAUGGACGUCGACGAUCGGGGAAAAGAAGUCCUUCCCGACCCAAACAACCAUACCUCCACAGAAGGCUAUGAAGUCAAGGGCGAGACCAUGUCGGUGGCAGCGAAUAACCAGCACAAAUUCUACUUUCAGAAAGAUAUGACGCCUGAGGAAGUUAUUCUGCUCAAGUGCUAUGAUAGUUUUGGAGAGGGCAUGUCUCACGGCAAGAAGGGUGUGGCAGUCAGAACACCACAUACUGCUUUCGCGGAUCCGAACACGCCUGAGGAUGCGCCUGGACGGCAGAGUAUCGAGGUUAGAUGUUUGGUAUUCUAUGAGUAGGGUAGCUGCAUUGAGACGAGAACAGUGUACCAUAAGUUAUUUGGCAGUAAUGACGCGCACGUAAUCAUCAAUAGUAUGUGUCCA